AUGUCUUCGCAGCCUGCAACCCCAGCAACCUCUCCUUUGAAGGCCUCGCCCUCUGUUCCAGCUACCCAGCCGUCCCCAACCACCUCCCCUGCAACAACAGGCCAGAACAAGCGCAAGCAUGGUGACACAAGCCUCAAGAAGCCUGAGAAGGAUGUGAGCACAGGUUCGCCGCAGGAGCAGUGGGCAUCAAUUCAGGAUAUCUUGCAACGAGGCCACACAGUGGACCGCCUCAGCGAUGAUGAACUCGCUGAGGUAGUUUUUCAGAUCGACCGAUUGAAGAAAAGCCGUUCGAUGCCCGCAACUGUCGAAAAGGCUGGGGCAACCAAAGCAGAGGAGCAGAAGGACGGAGAUCCCAAAGACAAGCGAGAAUUGACACCGGAGCAGGAGGCAAAGCUUGCACUGAAGAAGAAACUCCAUGCACGCUACAUGAGAUUCAGUCGAUCUCUCACCAGUGGCCGGACACCGAAGGAAGUGAGGAAGCUGGCUGACAGAGACCUGGAUUCUGAUCAGAGAAACUUCUUGUUCGAGCAUUGGCUUCAGGCCAACGAGAACUGGAACGCAUCCAAGCUUUUGGUUACCUUGAAGAACAAGUCCGGGAAAAAGAAGGUUGGACUCCGAAGGUGGCUGACAAAGGCCGACCUUCUGCAGAAGUACAAGGACGAGGAGGUGGUACAGGCCAUCAUAGAUGCAAAGGUGAAUGACAAGGAGCUGUGCAAGACACAGGUGAGGAACCAUCCUGAUUGCCCUCAUCGCGAAGAUCUCAAGCAAUACCUAUGUGUUGUAGAUGAUAGCGAGGAAAACUACGAAGGGGAAGAAGUGGAACACACGUUCGAGAUGGACAACGAUCUCGACGAGUCGAGCUCCGACCAAAGCAGUGACGAGGAUGGUCAGGAGGAGGAUGAGGAAGAGCAGGAGAGCAAGAAGCCAAAGAAGAAAGGAAAGCCCAAGCAGCCGAAGAGUGCGAAGAAGAACAAGAAGAUCAAGAAAAGCAAGCAGUGGACAAAGCCACGGACAAGCUCCAAGCAGUACGAAAGUGCCAGGGGUGACAAACUCCUGAAAGCCAUGAAGGACGAUGUCGAAGCCCAGGCCUCGCUCAUCCGGACGGAGAGAGCAGAUCUGCAGCGAUUGAUGGAUGAGUCCGUGGCAUCCAUGCCGAGCGCCGUGGACAAGCUGACCACAACGUGUGACAAGUUUGAUAAGAUCACCAAGGAGUUCUGGAACAAAGUGAAUGGUGAAGAUGUCGAUAAGGAUACCGAUGGCUUGCUGCAGCAUAUGUACAACAAGAUAUCCAGUGGAGCUUCCAGUAUUGAUGCAGCUAUGAAAGAUGCCCAAGCUGGUUUCCAGGACACCCAGAAGUUCUUCAAGGGCAAGACUAUUAAAUCGUUGAUGCGGUUCAAGCCUGGAAAUGCUGCACGUGACUUCUUCAAGACUGUGAAGCUUCCUCUGGAGCCUACACCAGUCAAAGUUCCUGUCUGGGAGUAUGCGGAUGGUGAAUGGAAGCAGGCCUCAACUACGGUACCGGUACUAGACAUACAUGAGAUUCUGAGCUACGUUCAUUGUGAGCUGGGAUUGCAAACCCCGCCGGAGAAGGUCAAAGAAUACUGGGCACACCUGUGCAGCCACGGUGUUCCCUUUGCCACUCGUCACCCUUCUACACAUGCAAACGAGCCGUGCCGACAUUCCCACAUACCGUUCUCACUUUAUGGAGAUGAAUGCCAGCUGUCAGCAGAUGGUUCGGAGAAGGUGACAGCCAUGUUUGUCUCCUUAACUCUUUUCCGACCCAAAGAGGUUAGGCUUGGACACUUUAUGGUUUUUUGUAUGAAGGACGAGUUCAUGGUUCACGAAAACCUUGCGACCCUGAGCCCCAUUCUGAAGCACAUUGCCUGGAGUUCGAAUGUGGCCUUUGAUGGCAAGUUUCCACAAUGUGGGCCAAUGGGCGAAGCUUUGUCAUCUUCGAAGAUGGCCCGGGCCGGGGAUUUCCUGGCGCACGGACGGGCAUUCGCUGCUUGUGAACUUCGGGGAGAUUGGAAAUGGCAUGAAAGGACACUUCGGCUGCUUCACACUCCUACAAGCACAUGCUGCUGCCUGUUCUGUGGGGCUGAAGCUUCUGAUGAGUCCCCGCUUCGAUAUUACGAGACUGGAGAGUCUGCAGGCUGGGCUUCCACGAUUGCUACAACAGCAGACUUUUUGCUUCACAAAGUUCGGCCUGGAUGCUUGAGUGACUUGGACUGCAUGUCUAAAUCCUGCUACCAACCUACUAUAAGUAUUCUAUUCUAA